UCCAGCCACGCACACACUGUCAGAGCUGCUGUUUCACCGCAGGGGGUAGGACAGUACAGCGGCCUACGGAUUUUAAACUAAUCCGUGAAAGUCUGCCGUUCCGACUGUGGGCAAAACAGAGAGUGAAGUUCUGCGAGAAGAAGACGAGAGGAAACGACGGUUGUAUAGUCAUUUUGUUAGUGUGUCGCCCCAGGACAGAGAUGAUGGAGACCCAAACUCUGGAUUGCCCUUUGUGCGAUUCUAGUGAUUCACUCGGGAUCGCUACACCUGUGCUGGACCCUGCGCCUGGUUCCACCAAUCAUUCACUGAGAAUCCCCAAGACAGACCCAGGUUCCAAUGCCACAGGCAUUUUGAACAGUACAACUAGUGCGAACAUCACCAUCACACCCGAAUUGAGGACAAAUAAUGUUUCCACAGUAAUCACCAAUGCCAGUGAUGCCACUUCAACAGAAUCUGAAAACAUCACACAUUCGACACUUUCACCUUCUCAGAGCCACCCCACCACACCUGUUCCCACUCAUAACGGCACCACACACAUGAAUCAGACUCCUUCUUUUCUCAGCACAUCAGUCACCCCAACCCCUUUGUCAAAUCACAGUUUAUCACAGCAUCAGAAUAGUUCAGACAAGCCCUUGCAAGCCACAGCACUCCCUGCUAGUUCUGCCCCAACAUCUGAGCCACUGAAGGCUGUAUCUGCCACUGUUACCCCCACCACCACCACCACCACCACCAAGUCCAACGCAUCCAGUACCAGAUCCUCUCAAAACCCCACCACUUCCCAGCUGACAAGAAAUACUUCACAGUCCAACAGACAGUCCACGGCCACCCAGCUGACCAGCCAGGCCAAUGCCCACACCAACAACUCACUGCCACUGAACGGGAAGGACACGACGAUGGACCGAGGCUCUCUUGCAUUAGACCCCCUCCUGGCUGGUCUGGUGUCAGCUUUCAUCAUUGCUGCUGUCAUCAUCACUUUGCUCCUCUUCCUCAAACUGCGCCGAAGAGGCAACAGGCCGGAGUUCCACAGGCUGCAGGAACUACCUAUGGAUGACAUGGAAGACACACCCUUGUCCAUGUACAGCUACUGAUGAAGGCACAAUAGGAUGUUUGGUGUCCAAGUACCCUCGUCCAAUAGAGAAUCAGGUCGGUGUGGUUCUGCACCAAGCAGAAGGAACCCUGGGUAGGUUUCAGCACGUUUCUGGAUUGCUUUAAGUUACCCAGAUUACUGGCAAAAGGAUCUGAUUGAAACUGCAGUGGACAAUGAAGACAACAUCCAUCAUGUUCCCUUUUGGAAUUUUUUUGUCUGUAAUUACAAAUUUUUCAGAAUUUUCAUUCAUUUGUUCAUUACUGUAAACUUCACAUUGUUUGGCCUGUCUGAGGUUGUUGGGGUUGUGUAAUAUAUUUGGAUUUCUGUAGAGUUGAAAAGAGUCGUCAUAAAGCAGAACAUCAUCAGAUAUGAUAGUUCACAACUAUACAAAGGCUGAGCUCCUCCCACUCGGGGCACUGGUUUCAUUUAUUUUUCAGCAGUUAAAAGUCUGGCAGAAAUAAAUGCCGGCAGGCGAGACAAUAGAAAUAAACAAAAUAAACCACCUGAUUAUAGUGUUAACGAGGUUGCACUUUACUUUUUAAGGAGCGGAGAUUAAAAAAAAAGUGUAGGAAAAUAUUUUUGUGUAUUAAAAAAACUUUUGCGUGCAUAGGCAGCACAGCUGGGUGAACGUUUGUAGGUGCGUGUGCAUGUGUGCAAGUAUGAUGUUUUGGAAGCAUGGUAGAUUUUAUUUAAAGUUUUUUUUUUGCUGUGUUGUACUAUACGUCUUGCUGCCUUUUUGCUUGAUUUUGAUAUGUGCAGUGUUUUCUUUGUUUUAAGUCCAGGAGAGAGUGCCUUACACAGUCCAGGGACAGCUUUUAAUGCAUACCGCAUAUAUAUAUUCCACAGAAACUAAUUUCCAGGUUUACCAGUCAUCCCCUCUUCUCAUUUAAACACACACUCAGGGCCAGGUAGCUGCUCUGACUUGCCUGUGUUUGAAGAUUAGCCUCGAGCAUGCUCUCUAUAAGGCGCUCUUUCAUACAAUGACAGUUGCAGACUGAUGUGCGCUAGUGGACUUUCCACACAAUUUUUGCAUUGUCCUGUGUUUUGUAAAUACUACUGAUUUGCAUCAAGCAAAAAAAAAAAACCAAAAAAAAAAACCCAUCCUGGUUCCUGCUUUAGCGUUCAGCAGACACAUAUGAAACAAAAUUCAUGGUGUAAACUGAAAAUACUUUUGAGUUAUCAAGUUCACAAAUUUUCCAUUGAAAAAUGGGUCAUUGCUGUACAUUUUCUCUGCAAAUCUGCAGGAAGAUAUGGGUGGAAAUGUGACAUACAGGACAACUGAAUCACCCACAAUGGCACAAAACACAUGUAACUACUCUUCAUUUAGGACAAAAAAAAACAAACAAAAAACUUGUCUACUGAUACAAGGUAAUUACUGACUUAAAUCAUGCUUAAGAGUCUGAGCUACAGCUGUGUUUGCGGUUAAGCAUUUGUGCCACAGAUAAAAGGAAAAUGGAAGAAAAACUGAGUGUCAGAUUCUCUGCUCUUUGGCAUAAAUUUUACACUUCUAACACACACAUCAAUCCUCCAAAAAGUAACUCCCUGAUUUGGGGUUCGUGUGAGAGUAAUGGUUACUGUUUAACCAUUAAAAAAAAAAAAAAAACUCUAAUUCAGUCAUAAUUUCUAAGUCCUGUAUUGUCCAUUUCUUAUGUGCUAAACGAAUGCCAAGUGCUUUUUCUGAGGCUUUGCUGGCAGAUGUGAAUUAUGUACUGUUGGCAAUUUAUGAUUAAAGGUAUUUUGAAACCA